AUGGGUCGCGCGGGUCGCGCGCCGAAGCAGGCCGUCGCCGCGACCGACGACGUCGAUCAAGACGACGACAAUGAUACCAAGUGCGAGCGGUGCGGGCUCGGCGACGACGAGCCGAACCUCGUGCUGUGCGACGACUGCCCGAGGGGCUGGCACGUCUACUGCCUCCGGCCCAAGCUCCCGCACGUGCCCAGGGGGUCGUGGUCGUGCCCCCGGUGCGCGCCCGCGAAGAAGGGCAGCGGCGGCGGCGGCGGCGGCGACGACGCUCGCGGAUCCCCCGCGGCGCCGGCGUCGGGCGACCGCGCCAAGCGCAGGAGGACCGGCACCCGCGACGAAACGACGCGCUCGACGCGGCGAAGCGGCGUCGCGGCUGCUGGAUCGACAAAGGCACCCGAUGACGACGAGAUGAGCGACCGCGAGGGUGCCGAGGACGACGAGAUGCGCACCAUGCGAUGCGUCACCUGCGACCUCGGCGACGACGAGAAUAAGAUGGUCCUCUGCGACGGGUGCGACGCGGGCCACCACCUGUACUGCCUCAGGCCCAAGCUCUCGCAGGUGCCGAGGGGCCGGUGGUUCUGCCCGGCGUGCGAGAUUCGCGAGGAUGCGCGCAGAAGAUCAGCCGAGGCGACCGCGGCGACCAAAGCACUUCGCGUCGCCGUCGCGAACGAGUACGCGGACGGGCGCGUCGUUCGGGCCAUCCUCGGCUCGCGGCUCGUCCCGGAGACGCGGCUGGCGACGCUCAGGGCGGACGCCACGCGCGGACCCGCGUUCGAGGGCAGAUCCGCCGAGGUUGAAUUCCUCGCGCUCUUCGAGCACUCGUCCAAGCGCGCCGCCGAGUGGAUCCCGGGGUGCGCCAUCGAGGUGCUCACCGAGGGCAAGUUGCGUUACUUCUGGAAGAGGCACGACGCGGGGUGGGACGACCCGAUGGUCGAACCCGAGUACGUACCCGCGUCCGUGGUACCCGAGAAGGUCAUCGCGACGGACGAGAAUACGAAUCGGAUGCUGGUCAAGUGGGCGGGCGAGGGGUACGACGAGGCGACGUGGGAGCCCCUCGCGGACGCCUCGGACGAAGCCGUGGCGUCCGCGGCGGCGGCGACGCGCGCGCGGCUGGUGACGUCGCCGGGAGGGGGUAAGGGUAAGGGUAAGGGUAAGGCGGCGCGCCGGGUAUCCUCGGGGGGCGACAAAGCCGAGUGUUUCGAACGAGCGGAUGAGCCCCCGGCGGACGCCGGCGACGUCGGCGACGUCGGACGGAGGCUUCGCGGGACGCCCAUCGAGGGCGGAGGUAACGCGGGGAUCGCGACGGAGCUUCGCGAGGAGCUCGACGCCUUUCGCGCGCGGGCGGCUCGGCCGCGGAAACCCCAGAGGAGCGCCUCCAAGUGGAGCGGCGAGAAAGGUAAGGAGAUUCACUUCGACCUCGACGUCGUCCCCGCGCUGGCCGCCGUCGCCGGCGCGCCGGUGAUAUCGGCGAACGAAUCGAGCGACGGAUCGACGUCCGCGGCGGCGGACGCGUUGGUGCUGCACGCGUACCAGCGCGACGGCGUGCGUUGGCUGCUGAACAAGCUGCGACUCGGGGCGAGCGCCAUCCUCGGCGACGAGAUGGGUCUGGGAAAGACGGUGCAGACGGCGGUGUUCGUCGCGGGGGCGAGGGCGUUGGGGUUGCUGGACGAUAAACCCGUGCUCGUGGUGGCGCCGCUGUCCACGGUGCCCAACUGGAUGGCCGAGCUGCGCAAGUGGUGCCCGACGCUCAACAGAGUUGGGUACGUCGGUAACGCUGCGGCUCGAGAGACGUGCCGAUCGUUCGAUUUUCCAAACACCACCGCGGGAGGCUUGGUCGACGUCGUGGUGACGUCCUACGAGGUGGCCAUCGCGGACAGCAAGGAGCUGCAUAGGCUGCGUUGGGGCGCGGUCGUCGUCGACGAGGGCCACCGGCUGAAGAAUUUCCAAUCGCGGCUGUCUCGGGUGCUGUCGACGCUGGACUCGCCGUUCCGAUGCCUCCUCACCGGCACGCCCCUGCAGAACAACCUCGAGGAGCUCUUCGCUCUCCUGCACUUUCUCGAGCCGGAGAAGUUUAAGAAUCCAUCGUCCCUCGCCGAGUCGUUCACCGCAGACGCGAAAGCGUUAUCGACGGCGGGCAAGGGCAAGGGCGAGGGCAAUAAUGGGAGAGACUCCGCGACGGGGGACGGCGACGACAAGUCGGAGGCGAUCGACGCGCAGCUCAAGAGCCUGCACGGGCUACUCGGCAAGCACAUGCUUCGCAGGCUCAAGCGCGACGUGCUCGGGGGUUUGCCGAAGAUGCGAAAGGCGGAGGUUGCGUGCCAACUGUCGCCGUUUCAACGGGAGGUGUACGCGGAUGUGCUGGCGAGGAACCACAAGGCUUUCAACCAGGGCGCUCACGCCAGGGAGCGGACCAGCCUGCUCAACGUGCUCAAGGAACUGCAAAAGGUUUGCAAUCACCCUUUUCUUUUCGUCAGCGCCGAGAAGGACACCUUUCGGGCGGCGAGGAAGAGCGGCCUCGCGAAGAAGGUUGCCGAGGAGGCUGAAGCGGAGCGCAGGCGUCGCGGGGAGCGACUCCCCGGCUCGCCCGCCGCCCCCGAUAACCCCCUCGAGGCGACGCUCCUGCGGAGCUCCAGCGGCAAGAUGCAGCUGCUCGCCAAGCUGCUGCCGAAGCUGCGGGAGCGCGGGCACCGCAUCCUGCUCUUCUGCCAGAUGACCCGCAUGCUCGACCUGCUCGAGGACUGGCUCAGGGCCUCGGGCGUCGGAUUCGUCGUCGCCGACGACGCGUCGAAUGGUAACAACUCGAGGAACGGAUCGGUCCGGCCCGUGUACGGUCGCAUAGACGGCGGCACGCCGUUGGCGGACCGCCAGCGCGUCAUCGUCGACUUUAACACCCCGGGGUCGGACACGUUCCUCCUCCUGAUCUCCACCCGCGCGGGCGGGCAGGGCGUCAACCUGGCAACCGCGGAUACCAUCGUGCUCUACGACCCGGACUUUAACCCGUUCAUCGACUCGCAGGCGCAGUCCAGGGCGCACAGGAUGGGUCAAACGCGGGAAGUCGCCGUGUACCAGCUCGUCACCGCCAAGACGGUGGAGGAGAAGAUUGUCUCCAUGGCCAAGUCCAAGCUGGCCAUCGAGCGCCUCGUGGUGAAAGACGUCCGCGCAGGCGAGGAGGGCGGCGGCGGAAAGGGGGAGGGAGGAGGAGGUGCCGAGAGUAGGAAGGCGUUAGAGGCGAGACGCGCGGCUGAGCUCGCCGAGGUGCUCAUGCACGGCGCGCGGGGGGUGAUGGCCGGAGCCGAGACGGACGAGGCGGACAAUAAUCGAGACGAUACUCGCAGACGGGUCAUCGCGGCGGCGGAGCCCACGGACGCCGAGAUUAACAGGCUGCUCGACAGGGCUUCGCUCCCCGAGGUGGACGGUGGCGCGGACGGCGCCGCGUACCUCGGCGAGAUCGGCGACGCGACGUCGACGGAACCCGGCGCGCCGCUCGAGGGAGCCGAUGAAGGGUCCCUAGGGUCGACGGAGGCGGCGGGCGGAAAAGGAGUCGCGCUGGUUGAUCUGCUCGCGUCGAGAGCCUCGAGGUUGGCGGAGGGGGGCGAGGAGGAGCUCGGCCGGGGCAAACGGCAACGACACCAGGUGUUCUCGAACCUGAACCAGAAGAACCUCGAAGCCUCGGGCGCCAACGCCGACGGCGCGAGCGGCGCCCACCAGGACGCGCCCGUCCGACACUGCUGCAACGUCUGCGACGGCGACGACGACGAGGAGAGCAUGCUCCGCUGCGGCGGGUGCACGGCUCGCGCGCACGUGCUCUGCCUCGGCAUGGGCGAGGAACACCCCGGCGGGGCGUGGUGGUGCGGCGACGGCGAGUGCGCCGAGGUUGGCGCGCCCCUCGACGCCAAGAGACCCACGCCGCCGCUCAGCACCACCCCGGACCGGGGCGACGUCGAGCUCCAUCCCGCGGAUAUCGCCGGCGAGGACGACGACGUCAAGGACGAGGAUUACGACCACGCGGACGAGGAUGCGGACGACGACGACGACGACGACGACGCAGAUUUUCACAUCGCGUCGCUGCCCGUGGGGUCCAAGCGGCGCAAAGGCGGCGCGGUCGGUAAGGCGGCGGACGCCACGGCCGACGCCUUCGGGUCAAUCGCGCGGGCGGCGGGGGAGGCGAACGCGGCCGCCGGCGUCGGCGUCGGCGUCGUUCGUUUCGUCCCCACGGAGACGGCCAUCAUCGGCGCCGCGGCGAAGCAGAUGGCGCGGGUGCGUUCCGCGGCGGUCCAGGCGCAGGAGCGCCUGGACCGCGCCAAGACCCUCGCGGACCCGACCAAGGACGAUUUCAACUACCUCGGCCUCGCCGAGGAUACCCUGACCGCCAUCCUCAAGGAAGCCGCGCGGGGAGAUUCGCACACUGAGGAGGAGCUCCUCCCGCUGGACAUGUUCCUUCCCAUGCGCGUCUUCGCGUGGAGACACGACGAGGACGUCCUCGCGAGGCGACGCGCCGUCGCCGGCGCCGAAGCCUUCGAGAAGAGCCUCACCGCCGAGCACGCCGAAGCGACGAGGCGCGCGGGCGCGGGCUCCCUCGAGACGAAUCGACUGGAGGGGUUGUACGUUGCCAACCGGGCGAGGGCCAAGGAGGCGGAGCGCUCGCUGGCGAUGAUGCGGAUUUUGACGCCGGGGCAACGCGCGGCGAAAUUCAGCGAGCGGGUGUUGUCCGCGACGGGUCGAAAGAUUUCGACGAGGACGGUGGAAAAUUUCAUGAUCUCGACGUCAACCGCCGACGCGACGUGGGUCGACGCUAAGGGCCAACCGCUGCUGCAGCGGCUGUGCGACGCGUACUCGCACUCACUGGGGAUGGAUUGCUCGAUCGAGUGCCCGACGAUCCCGUCGAGCUUGCCGCCGAGCUCGCCCGGAUCAGGGCACGGGGCGUCGGCCGAGAAGCAGCCCGUCGCUGGAGCCGGUUUGACCGCCGCGCCGAACCUCGCCGGAUUACUGGGCGGCGGCGUCGGCGUCGGCGCGGGCUCCGGGGGUCUGGGGGGAUUGGACGCGCUAGGGAGUUUGGGCGGGGCUGGGCUCGGGGGUCUGGGAGGCCUCGGGGGUCUGGGAGGCCUCGGAGGUCUGGGAGGUCUCGGAGGCGUCGACCUUUCCUCGCUCGGCGGGCUCGGCGGGCUCGGCGGGCUCGGAGGGUUGGGUGGGCUCGGAGGUCUGAGCGCGCUCCAGCAGCUCCAGCUCCAGCAGAUCCAGCAGAUCCAGCACAUCCAGCAGCUCCAGCACAUCCAGCAGCUCCAGCAUCGACUCGCGGCGACGCACCAAGGCGGUGUCGCCGCGCCGCCGCAGCAACAACAGCCGGAGCAGCUUCAACAGCGGCAGCUCCUCCAGUCGCAGCACGCGCAUCAGCAGCAGCUGCAGCAGCAGCAGAUUCAGCAGCUCUUGCUCCAGCGGCAGAAGAUCGCGCAUCAGUCGAUGGGGAACGCGUCGGCGCAGCAGACGGCGCCUUUGCCCUUUGGGCAACAGCCGCCGCCGCCGGGGAUCAAGGUCGAGGGCGGCCGAAAGGUCGAGGGCCAAAAGUCCGACAUGCACCCGGACCUCGAGUACGAUCGCGCGCCUUCGGACGUCGUCGCGGCUCUCGUCCCCGCGGCGGACGAGAGUGACGAGAAGUGCUCGUUGCUUCAGCCGCGGCGCGGGCGAUGGGUCUACGCCAUCAGGGGCCCUGCGAGCGAGCUGCAGCGGCUCUGCGACACGCGCCCCGCCGCCAAGCCCGUGGGAUGGCUGCAGUCCAUGCGACACGCGUGCGACAGGUGGGGCCUCGUCACCGCCACGCGCGCGGGGUGCGUCGAGGUCUGCGUCCACAACCCGGUGUCGCCCGGUAAACCUCUGACGUUUUGGCUCCCGCGCGAAGCCGUCGGGUUACCCCCGCGCUUCGCCGAGCUGGACGCAGACGGCAAUGGGGGCAAUGGGGCCACGCACAGGGCUCGAGUCCUCGACGAUAGGGCGAUGGUCGAGACGUUGUGCAACACCAAGCCGGAGGAGUCCCCGGUGACGUACGUCAAGUCCAUCGCGUGCGUCGUGGGUAAGGAAGGGGAUUUGCUGGAGUCGAGGGGGGACAUCGUGAAGCUUCGGUUCGCCCCAGAGACGAGCGGCAGGCCGAACGACAUCGAGCUGUGGCUGCCGAAGGAGGCGGUGGUGAUUUGCACGCCGUGGAAUUGA